CUCUGCUCCAGCCCCGGACAAUGCACCAGGAUGGCUACUAUCCUCAUCCUUCUCCACCUGUGAAUGGGUCACAGGAACAGGAGCCUCAAAGGCAGCUCCCAGAGAUGCUAGGUGAGGUCUGGGAAGCACCGCGAGGGGAUGGGCUGCCCCUUGUCGCUGCAAUCAUCGCUGCCUUCGUCCUCUUAGCGAUCUGCAUUGUGUUGGCAGUUCACUUUGGGCCCACAUUGCACCAGGGCCAUGCCACUCUCCUCACAGAGCCACCAGCUCUAAAGCCAGAGAAUGGCAUUUACCUCAUCCACUGGCGGCUACUGGACCUACAGGACAAUCACAGAGAAACCCAGCCGGGACUUCCUAUCCCUCACUCUGGCUCUGCCCUAGAUGGACACAGGCCCAGCAUUGAUGAAGUCACAUAUCUGUAG